GAGGAGUCUCAUGAGGCAGGGUCACCCUGUGAUCACUGAUGCUUGCUUCUCCUUCUGUCUUUAUAUGCCUUCAAAAAAGAGAGAGACUCAGCAGUAUUUGGAGUUAAAUAUCAAUUGCCAGAAAUGGAGACUACCACUAUAUGCCCCAAAAUGACAGUUAAACCAACUCGAGGUCUAGUGGAUGAAGAUAUUGCCAUAGUUAUUUCAGGACUGUCUCCAAAGCAAGCAAUCACCAUACGAUCUCUACUUAAUUCUGAAGACAAAGACUUCUGGCAUGCAUAUGGUCAUUAUGUCAGUGAUGAUAACGGAGUGGUAAAUGUGGUUGAAGAUGAGUGUUUUGGAGGCACAUACAAUGGUAGAGAGCCAACAGGACUAAUCUGGAGUUUGAAACCUGUACCUGGAAGCAGACCAGCACUAAGAUUAAGAAAAGUAGAUGUUCUUACUCCAUUUAUAUUAAACAUAUCAGUUUACAAAGGGCACAUCAGCAAAUGUUUCGAAGAACCUCCACUGGCACGUGCCAUAAUAGAGCGCUGGUAUAUUGCUCCAGGAGUUUCUAGAGUAGAUGUUAAAGAGAAAGGCAUUCGUGGAACUCUUUUUAUUCCACCAGGUCCUGGACCAUUUCCUGGAAUUCUAGACAUGUGGGGAGGAGGAGGCAGUGGAAUAACAGAGUAUCGAUCUUCUCUGCUAGCAUCUCAUGGUUAUGCUGUGCUUGCUUUGGAUUUUUUAUCAAGCCAGGCAAAAUCAAUGCAUUCUGGAAAUAUUACAGAAAAAUAUUUUGAGGCAGCAUUUGAAUUCCUUCAGAGCCAUCCUAGGAUAUGCAGUGACCGAAUAAGUAUUUGUGGAUUCUCUUUUGGAGCAUCAGUAGCUGUUGCACUUGUAGCAAAUGAAAACUCAAUCAAUCCUAGAUGUUUGGUGUGUGUUAGUGGAUGUCACAUUAUACAAGUCAAGAAUACCAUUGAUGAUGCACUUGAGGGAUUUUUCAGACAUCCUGGAAAACUAAAGUAUGAUGAAAGUAAUCAUGUUAUCUGGCAUGGUCUGUGUCUUCCAAUACCUACUGAUGAAAGUGAGAAAGUUAAAGUAAGAAACUUGAAGUGUCCUUUUUUGUUAGUUGCUGGCAGUGAUGAUCAAAACAUGGCUGCUGCUGAAUCAGCUGAAGAUAUUGAGAACAUGAUGAAGGCAGCAGGAAAUGAACAUCUUUUGACUAAACUUGUCUAUCCUAUGGCAGGACAUCUUAUCGAUCCUCCUUAUAGCCCCCACAUUCGUUCUAGCAAUUUUUUUGAUUCAAUAAAAAAGCAAAGAGUUGUUCUAUUAUAUGGAGGAUCAACAAAAGAACAUUGUUUCGCUCAAGAAGAUUCCUGGAAAAAGAUCUUGGAUUUUUUACACCAUCAUCUUUACGAUGCUGAAAUCAUUUCACCCAAAUUAUGAUGUUCUGAGAAGACAAAAGCAAAUGAAAAUAUAAUCAAACUUUUGUUGUACAUAGUAAUGAACUAUUAAUACACUUAACAUUUUAAUUAAAAUAACCUCAAUAUUGUAACUCAACAAUUCAACACUUUUUAGCAAAAGAUAGGAAAGCGUUCGUAUUGUGGAAAAAAAGUUGAUCAGUAUUGAUCAAUCUGGUGUACGUGACAAAAGCCACACAGGCCUGUCUUGUCUAUAAGUGCAUAUGACAAGUGCAACUUCCUGUUUUUCCUAAUAGACAAAAAACCACAAGUGACCAACUGAUGAACUUUAAAAAUGUUGA